ACACUGACCGUUCUCUUCCAUAGUAGGCAGAAGUCUACUGACUACAUAAUUCAAGAUGACAUUAGAGAUAUUAAAAUUAAAGCUCAUUGGAGUUCUUCUGAUUUGCUUUCUGGCUGGCUUCAGCACUGCCCAGUAUUCAGUGAGUGUGGAGAGACCAUGUCCAAUGGAAACAGUCACUUUCACCUGCACUGCUCCUGGAGAUUCCUUGAGAUGGGAGGCACCAGGUAUACAGACAAUCACUAUCCGCUCUACGUCUGGUCUCAAUAUACCAGUAAUGCAGUCAGGUUACACUGUAACACUAACUGCAUUCAAUGACAGUACAUUAACAUCUACUCUAUCAAGAACAGUUGAGAACGGGAUCACUGUGUCCUGUGAGUAUGCACUGCCUGUUCUAACCACUGUAGGAUCUUCAACCAUCAUUUUGGCUGAUACACCAGACCCACCUUCCAAUGUCAGACAAUCCGUUCUGAGCAGCUCAGCAGAUGAAGUUAGGGUAUAUGUGCAGUGGGACCCUCCUACUGAGACUGGUGGUAGAGAUGACCUCACCUACACAGUGACCGUCUCAUCACCGGUCCAACUCUCUGCUACUGUCCUCACAUCUACCUCUGUCACUGUGAUUGCUCAAUACAAUGUGGACUACACUGUCAGUGUUGUGGCUACCAACUGUGCUGGGAGCAGUACAACCACUGACUACAACUUUACAAUCGGUGGCUGUCCUGUGUUGACCAAUCCCACGAAUGGAGCGUUUGGACCAACCACCAGCAGAUUACCAGGAUCAACAGUAACCACCCAGUGUGACGCUGGGUAUGUGUCUGCUAUUGCUAUGGUGACAUGCGAGGGUACACUAAUGUGGAGUCCAGACCCCGAUAUUGAGUGUAUGCUAACCACACCUUCUCCCACACCUUCUCCUACAAUGAACUGCAGAGCUCCACUAUCCCCACCGUGGAAUGGCAGUGUCAGUGAUCAUUCAGUACCAGCUAUUCCCGGUGCUCGUGUGACCUUCCAGUGUGACGCUGGACUGUUCCCUGAGGGCAUAAUGACUGCCACCUGUCUUGCUACAGGAGAGUGGGACAAGAAUCCAGGAGAGAUCGUUUGCAGAAUUGAGUCUAUUUCCUGUGUCCUGCCUGCCCGUCCAUUCAAUGGAGUGUUACUCAACACCAACUGUCAGAACACUAACCUAGCCGAGGGCUCAGUCAUUACCUUCCAAUGUGAUCCUGGGUUCUCACUAGUGGGUGAAGCGACUGCCACUUGUAACAACUCCGGUCUCUGGGAUCCUGACCCGGCUCUAUGGGAGUGUUCUCCGACUGCUACCACCACCCUAUCAACUGGUGUAACUGUUGCCAUCGGUGUUACUACUACUUUCGUUGUGUCUACUAUCCUUGGAUUUCUCGCUGGACUCCUAGUGAUGUACUCAUUCACGCGUAAGAAGGCAGUGUACUACACAAGAAAAACAGCAUUAUCUGUUAUAGAACCCACUAAACCAGUUGGUCCUGUUUAUGAGGAGGUGUCACCCAAAGAGGAGAUUGAACUCAAUACUAACCAGGCAUACGGACCAGUCGGACUGUGAAACUUCGUGCUUCAUAAUACAGUGCAUGGAACCUAUAAUUAUAUAUAUAUAACGGACAUCUUUGGGGAACA